AUGAUGACAUAAAAUACAUGCAAACUAAUUAAUUAUAUUCCUUAUAAGAAGAACAUAUAAUGAAGGAUCUAGGAGUAGGACUUAUAAUCUCAUCGGAGAAAACCAUGUCUGAGAAUGGAUCCCUGACAGUUAAGGAGGCAGCAGCCGCGGAAGACAGCACUGUGGCAGCGGUUGAGUCCACGAAGCUAAUGAUCCCCUUUCAGCCUUACCCGAAUCCCACUGGCUUACCCGAAGGCCAGUGGACCACGGGCCUCUAUGAUUGUCUCGAUGAUCGACAUAACUGUCUUAUGACUGCAUUCUGCCCGUGGGUGACGCUGGGACAGAACGCACAUGUAAUCGACAGGGGAACUAUAUCUUGUUUUGCUGCUGGAGCUAUUUAUGCGGCUCUUAUAUAUGCGGGGUGUAAUUCGAUGUAUGGUUGUACAUACCGCGCCAAAUUGCGAGGGUAUUUUUCAUUGCCAGAAGCUCCUCUUCCAGACGGGAUAGUUCAUUGCAUAUGUUUCUUUUGUGCGCUUUGCCAAGAUUAUAGAGAGCUCAAGAAUCGCGGCAUUGAUCCUUCAGUCAGUUGGGAAGCCAAUGUCGAAAAUUGGAUGGAUCAGAAAACGACUCUCAUCGUGCCCCCGACCACUGAACCUGGAAUGGAACGUUAAAUUUGACACAUGUAUAUUAUCAUCCAUCAUAAUAUUAUAAUUGCUAUCCUUUGCUGCUUCUUUUUUACCUAUAUAUGUUUUUAAUUUCCUAAUAUCCUCCUCCUGUUUUACCAUCAAAAUUCAAAAUGUUAUAUUGAAUCUUUAAUAUUUGAGAACAA